GUUCGUUUCGGAGGCGCCGUGACGGACAUCCCGGAGUCGAGCGCACUGGACUCAUAAACACAAUGUAGUCAGUCUUGAACAAGUAGAUUUCAAGUUUGAAAACCUUUUUAAUCCAUCCACUCAACGUGAAAUGGGCAUUGUGUAAUUGUUGGUCUGACUCUGUAAGCACUUAUGCCUUAAAGAAUGAGAGUCUUAGGGAGGAGGACUGUUGAAAUGAUGCUACACGGAGAUGGAGAAUGGAGGACCCACAAGAGUGCAUGACAAGCGGGUCAGUGCUGGUUUGAAGAAAUCAUAAAAAGAGGAGAAACGCAUAUCACCACUUGAAGCCAUGGGGAUACGACACCUCCUGCUUCUUUUGGUCUAUCUAGACCCACUGUGCGUCCUGAGCGCAUCCACGGCCAAGCGGAGCAAACCCCCUCCAAAGAGACCCCCCAAAGUAAAGGAGGUCAACAGCACUGUUGCUCCGACAGUGGCACCCCAACGGAUCACACAAGUCCAGGCACCCAUCAUCGGUGAUCAUGACACCUGUCUCGGCUACUACGACGUGAGCGGUCAGUUUGAUAAAGAGUUCUCCUGCAACAACACUGACCACCGGUACUGCUGCGGGAGCUGCUUCCUGCGCUUCUGCUGUCCCGUGAAAGCCAAACGGGUGGAUCAGAGAGUCUGUACCAACUACAACACGCCCGACUGGAUCAAAACCCAACCGCCUUCACCCGCACCCACAGGGGACACGUACGACCCAGCGCUGGACCAGACCAACACCACCGUCUACAUCACCUGCGGGGUCAUCACCCUCAUUAUCAUCCUGGGGAUUUCUGCCAAAGUGGCCUAUGACAAAGCCACCAGACCACCUCAAGAAAUGAAUGUCCACAGAGCACUGGCGGACAUUUUGAGACAGCAGGGGCCCAUUCCCAUAUCACAGUACGAGCAUGAAAACGUCGCGGCUAUAGACACCUCGCCCAAAGAGAACACACCUGUACGGACAUCCAAGAACCAUUACACACCGGUGCACAACAAAAACAACCACGGGCAUUAUGGGAAAGAAAACUUCCGCAGUGGUCAAGAUAUGCACAACUUCAUCUCCUCCGGCUUUGUGACACUCGGCAGGGGCCAUCUGAAAGCGCAGCACUCUGUAGAUGAUCUCGGGCAGCUGUCCUGGCAGAGCGACCUGGACGUUCCUCUGUCCUACAGUAACCAUCCACACGACUACACCAGCCAUCUGGAUCUCACUGGGUCACACACACCCAAAAUCGGACACCGAAUAGAGCACUACGAGAAGCCAAGAAUGAACAAUAUCCUGACAUCCCAGACAGAGCCGUAUGACCUGUCGUUCUCCCGGUCCUUCCAGAACCUCACGCACCUCCCACCGUCCUACGAGAUGGCCAUGAAAGCAGACUUAAGCAACAAGGACGACGAGUACUACAUCCGCAAGCACCAUUUGCCCGAUCCGACGCAUCGCGGCGGACACCUGCAGACGCACAUGAUCAAGCUGAGCGUGGAUCCGCCGGCGCAGCGCCAGAAGCCCAAACGCGUGCAGCGCGCCAUGUCCCAGGACCACGUGCUCUCGCCCGCCCACUCCAAACCGCACCGAGACUACGGCCUGUCGUCAUACAGCGGCGGCGCCGGCGGUCUGUCCCCGUACCACGGACGCAUCCUCUCCGAGGAGAAGCUGCUGUCGGCCGACCGACUGCUCUCCCAGGACCCACUGCUCUCGCCAGAUAAGAUGCUCUCCCUGCGGCGCUCCAAUUUCCGCGAGAAGGCCAUGUCGCGGGCGCUGUCGCACACGGACAUGUUCGUGCCGACCACACCGGUCAUGGACCGGCACUACAAAAUGAUGAAGAUGCAUUCGCACCCCAGCAGCAGCAACAACGAGUCCUACAACACACUGACUGUUAACAGCGCGCAGGUGGGCAACAAAAGGCAGGCGUUCGCCAACCGCCGCAUGCAUACGGUGGACCACCUGCAGUAUAUCCCCGGACAUCACCAUCAUCAGUACAGAACCGCCAGCAAGACUGAAGUAACUGUCUGAGAGGGCGAGACGGGAGAGCGAAUGAUGUCAACAAACAAUCCAGCUGGAGGAAUCCGCGGCGGUGGCCCACUUCGACAGGUUUCUUUUUUUAAGCGUCCCACCUUGACCCGUUCCCGCUUCCAGCGCAAGCUUUCCACUCCAUCAGUUCCGGGUCGGCUUGGGAAGGAUCUAGACUUUCUUCUCGCACGUAGAGCAAACGCAAGGGCUUCGCGCGCGGACACCGGACUAGAAACCUGAAACUAUUUUUCCAGAACUGCUGCGAAACCUGCGCUGACUUUAUACGUACAGUAAAUCAGAACCUAUAUAGAUUUAUGAUUUCUAACUCGAAUCCUAAACAAUAGCGAUAGCGGUUGAAUAUAAACUGGCGUAAGCACUUUAGCAAGUGUCUCUUCUCAAAACAUGUCCCGUUUCGAUAACGAAGUGGGGAAAGGUUUUAAAAGCACAAUAGAUGACUGACGUUGUUUUACUUUCUUUUGUCACAUUCCCAGCUAACAGGGAUCGUUUUUAGAACGUUAGCGAACAUUCUGGAAAAGUUAUGAACAAACGUUCUGUCAGAAACGUUAAUAGAACAUUUGUUUAAAGUUAUCUGGUGUUUUCAAAACGUUCUCAAAACUUUAGCACAGAAACAUUAUUUAUACAUUGUUUAUGGAACA